AUGAGAUUUGCUUCUUCGAUCAUUGCUGCAUCUGUUGCCUUCUCCAUUUCUGUCAACGCUGACCACACUUCCCGGCAACUUAUUCUCGGGGGGUCCAAAGUCAAAAGCAAUACAAAGACCUAUACAGUUGGUAUUCGUAAUACUACCGAUGGUGAUAAUUUCUGCGCUGGAGCACUUGUUUCCUCAAGACAUGUUAUUACAACAGUACUUUGCACUUACUUCGGCACGGAUGGCUUCGGGCCACGCUUCGUUUCCGUGGGUUCUCACAACCUUAACGGCCGGCUCGAUGGCGAACAGAUCGAAAUCGCGUCGAUUAAGACCCACAAGAAGUUUGACGAUCAAACUCUUAGCUACGACUUCGCGUUGUUAACUCUGAAAUCGCCAAGCAAAUUCAAACCUAUCACCCUUCCAAAAGCGGAUAACUCGGACAUUACACCUAACAUGAUGGCCCAGGUAAUGGGUUGGGGGCAGACUUCCUACGAAAACGACAAACUUUCCGACGAUUUACGGGGGGUUCAAGUUCCAGUAUGGACCAAUGAUGAGUGUCGUCCACACUUCACAUGCGAUGAAUCAGCCUUGUGCGCUGGUGGAAAGAAAAACCAGGACGCUUGUAUUGGUGAUAGUGGCGCCCCGUUGAUCAAGGAGAAUGGGGCUGGAGAUUCAGAUGACGUUCUCAUCGGGUUAGCCAGCUAUGGUACUGGAUGUGGUACAGAAGGAAUACCUUCCGUCUAUUCUCGUGUUUCGGCUGUUGUUCAAUGGAUUAAGUCCCAACUUUAA